CUUUUAAACCAAAGAAAGUGAGCUGGCCUGUCUGUUAGGGCCAUGCACUGCAGCUGAAAGAGCAGCAGGGCUUCUGCAGGACCAGAAGGAGCUAGCUGAGAGUCCCAGAGAUCAGCAAGUCAAGGAAGAGGGACACAGAAAAAAAUUAACAAGUAGACACAAAGGAGCUAGGACAAGGUGUUUAUAAAUAUGUCCCUGGUACAUUUUCUUAUCCUUUUAGUGAGAACUACUGUUUAUAGUGGAAGCUGGAGAAACUGUGAGGUUUUGGUAGUUAUUUUUAAUGAAAUGUAUAAAUUAGUGAGCAAUUGGGCCCUCCAGAGUACGCUUGAGUAGGUUAUUGAUGCACUUCUUAAGUUUUGUGCUUUGAACACCUAUUUCUAUGUUGUUCCCAUUCUUCAAUUUAACUUAUCGGUGUGGUGGGAAAUGGUUUGUUUCAAUGAGCUCCAUUUCCCAGUCCAUUUAUCACCAAGCUGGUGUAGAGGCAGGAAGUGAACUAUAGCUCAAACAUCCUUCUAUAGAUGUUGAAAUAUUAUCAAAUAAAAUUAUUAGGACACCUAAAAUCCUGUAAAAAGCACUAUCAGCUUGCACAGCCUAGAAUUGUUUUUAAUUAACCGACAGUCUUGACUGUGACAGCUGCUGUGAUGGUGCAGAUUUACCGGUGUCUAGGCUUUGUUUACUAUUGAGCUUUGUGGUAGCUGCAGAGACUCAUUGCAAGUCUCAUGCACAGCCACGGCGCUGUGGCGUUGUGCAGCCAGCGCAAGGGACCAGGGAGCAGUGUGCCGGGGGUGCUGUGCCUGAGGAAGGGCUGCAGGGCAGCGGCUGUCCCUUUGCAAGCGGAGGGUUCCCGACUGUUUCAACGGAUUUAGAGGUGGGGCCCUAGCGGGAAAAGGGGCUGAACCCCCCAGGGACUCACCGUGGGAGUAGGCUGGGCUCAAGGCAGAGGGGCGUGGCUCUCCGACGGGGGGCGGGGCUGCAGCCUGUGCAUUUGAGCACAGGUGGCCGAGUCCCCAACUCCACUCUGCCCGGCCGGCUGCAGCGAGAGCCCGGGCCGGAGCCAACAGAGCGCAGCCGGGCAGCGGCGGCGGCCGCUUGGGGGCCACGCGGUGCUGGGCGCCCGGGGCAGCCUGAUGCCCUGCACGCCCCUCCGGACCGCGCUCCUCUUCCCCUUCCGCUGCAGGUGGCUGCCCGCGGCCAUGGAGCCUGGCCGGGGCUGAGCGCCGAGCCGCCCCCCGAGGGCGGGCUGUGCCCUCCGGGGCGGGCGUGCCGCUGCCAAACUUCUCCGGGAGCCGAGUGCCGCCCUGCCGAGGGAGCGGCCGGAGCGGAGGGCGCGCCCGGGCCCGCAGGACCCCGCUGGGGGGAGACUUCGCAGCUCCGGGCGAGCCUGCCCGAGCUCGCCUGCUGCCCCGGGACAGCCGCGAUCGGCGCAGGGCGCGCUCUGCCCAGGAUGGUCGGCCCUGGCCGGGCGCUCUUGAGCCUGCUGCUCCUCCGGCUCCCGCUGCUAGUGGCCGCCGCCUCCAAGGCGCCCGUGUGCCAGGAGCUCACUGUGCCCAUGUGCAAGGGCAUCGGCUACAACCUGACCUACAUGCCCAACCAGUUCAACCACGACACGCAGGACGAGGCCGGCUUGGAGGGGCACCAGUUCUGGCCGCUGGUGGAGGUCCAGUGCUCGCCGGACCUGCGCUUCUUCCUGUGCAGCGUCUACACCCCCAUCUGCCUGCUGGACUACGCCAAGCCCCUGCCGCCCUGCCGCGCCGUGUGGGAGCGGGCCAAGGCCGGCUGCUCGCCCUUCAUGCGCCAGUACGGCUUCGCCUGGCCCGAGAGGAUGAGCUGCGACCGGCUGCCGGCGCUGGGCGACCCGGACACGCUGUGCAUGGAUUACAACCGCAGCGAGCCCAGCACCACCGCCGCGCCGCCCGCCCUGGCCAAGCCCACGCGCUCCUCCCGCGGGCCCCAGCGAAGCCUGAGCCCGGGCAGCGGCGCGGACUGCGGCCGAGUGUGCCGGUGCACCGAGCCCUUCGUGCCCAUCGCCCGCGAGUCCCACCCGCUCUACAGCAAGAUCCAGACGGGCCAGGUGCCCAACUGCGCGGUGCCCUGCUUCCAGCCCUACUUCACCCAGGACGAGAAGACCUUCGCCAGCUUCUGGAUCGGGCUGUGGUCCAUCCUGUGCUUCCUCUCCCCCCCCGCCACCGUGGCCACCUUCCUGAUCGACAUGGAGCGCUUCAGGUACCCGGAGCGCCCCAUCAUCUUCCUCUCCGCCUGCUACCUCUUCGUGUCGCUGGGCUACAUCGUGCGGCUGGUGGCGGGUCACGCCAGCGUGGCUUGCAACCAGGAGCACCGGCACGUGCACUACGAGACCACGGGCCCGGCGCUCUGCGAGGAGGGCUACCGCACCGUGGCGCAGGGCACCAAGAAGGAGGGCUGCACCAUACUCUUCAUGAUCCUCUACUUCUUCGGCAUGGCCAGCUCCAUCUGGUGGGUGGUCCUGUCCCUCACCUGGUUCCUGGCCGCCGGCAUGAAGUGGGGCAACGAGGCCAUCGCCGGCUACUCGCAGUACUUCCACCUGGCCGCCUGGCUCGUCCCCAGCGUCAAGUCCAUCGCCGUGCUGGCGCUGAGCUCGGUGGACGGGGACCCGGUGGCCGGGGUGUGCUACGUGGGGAACCAGAGCCUGGGCAGCCUGCGGGGCUUCGUGCUGGCCCCCCUGGUGGUGUAUCUCUUCACCGGGACCCUCUUCCUGCUGGCCGGCUUCGUCUCCCUCUUCCGCAUCCGCAGCGUGAUCAAGCAGGGGGGCACCAAGACGGACAAGCUGGAGAAGCUGAUGAUCCGCAUCGGCGUCUUCACGGUGCUCUCCACGGUGCCGGCCUCGCUGGUGGUGGCGUGCUACGCGUACGAGCAGCACUACCGGGAGAGCUGGGAGCCCCCCCACACCUGCGCCUGCCCCGGGGAGCCCGGCCGGGCCCGGCCCGACUACGCCGUCUUCAUGCUCAAGUACUUCAUGAGCCUGGCUGGGGGCAUCACCUCGGGGGUGUGGGUCUGGUCGGGGAAGACGCUGGACUCCUGGAGGCGCUUCACGGGGCGCUGGUGCCGCAGGGGCGAGGCCGGCUCCGCGCUCACCGGCCGGGCGGGGGCCACUCACGUCAUCCAAAAGACAGACCAUAGCAAUCUUCCUUUACAAGAGAAAGCAUCUCAUUUUGCAAGGAUUCAGUCUAAAUAUUCACAGAUGUUGCAGGAAGAGAACAUAACAUAA